GCGUACUCGGCUCAGUUUCAGUUCUCGAGCGCACGCCAAGCCAGGCAAAUGCGAAACAGCUCGAAUCAGCGCGAAUCACGAGUCGAGUCGAGUCGAUAAGAAUCCAAUUGUUCCAAUCCACUUGAUAUCAUGUUGGCCCUACACGUUCUCUGGCUAGGCCUGAUGGGCGCUCAACUGGCAGCAGCCGCUGUGCAUCAAUCGAUUCAGGAUGCGCGACGCGAGCAGCAGCAGCUCGUGCCGCGCUAUAUCAAGACCCUGAACAAGGAGGAGGGCGCCAUACGUCUAGUGGGCGGCGAUGCUGAAUACGAAGGUAACAUUGAGGUGCUGCAUAAUAACAAGUGGGGCGCCGUUUGCGAUGAUGAAUGGGAUGCCGCUGAGGGCGAGAUCGUGUGCCGGCAGCUGGGCUUCCUCGGACUGCGUCGCUACACCCACAGCGGCUACUUUGGGCCCGCGCGGCGGCGCUACUGGAUGGAUAAUCUGUACUGCGAGGGCCACGAGCAGGAGCUGACCGACUGCCACUUCGAGGGCUGGGGCAUCAACGACUGUGAGCCGAGCGAAGCAGCGGGCGUUAUCUGCUAUCCGCCAACGGAUGCAGCCGUUUGGUCGGCGCCCGCAGCUGUCGAGGAUGAUCGUCUGCUGCCCAAGUAUCCCAUACAUCCUGGCUCACGGCUGUAUGUGAGACUGCGCGGCGGUCGCUCCAGGAACGAGGGACGGGUCGAGGUGCGCAUCGAUGGCCAGCGCUGGGGCAGCAUCUGCGCGGAUGGCUGGUCCAUGCUGGAGGCGAAUGUGGUCUGUCGUCAGCUGGACCUGGGCUACGCUCGCGAAGCCUUCCAGACGGACUACUUCGGUGGCGCCAACAUCUCCCGGCCCAUGCUCAGCGGCACCGAGUGCUAUGGCAACGAAACGGAGCUGGCGGACUGCCUGCACCACAAUCAUUUGAGCGGCAUUGUGAGCUGCCACGGCAACCGGCAGCAUGUGGCUGCUGUGAUCUGUGACUAUCGGUCGCCCGAUUUGGUGGUAGACUACUAUGAAAUCGAGCAGACGGCUCACCUGGAGGAUCGGCCGAUGCUGCUGAUGCAGUGCGCCAUGGAGGAGAACUGCGUCUCCAGCGAGGCCUAUCAGAUACAGCGCGACAGCCCCAAUUGGCGCUAUCACACGCGAAGACUGCUCAAGUUCACAGCGGCCGCUAUAAAUGCGGGCAACGUGGACUUCCGCCCCUUCAAGGAGAAGAGCCAGUGGGAGUGGCACAUGUGUCAUAUGCACUACCACAGCAUGGAGGUGUUUGCCACCUUCGACAUAUUCGACCUGGACGGUCGCAAGGUGGCGCAGGGUCACAAGGCGUCCUUCUGCUUGGAGGACAGCAGCUGCCUGCCGGGCGUCGCCCGGAAAUACAACUGCGCCAACUUUGGGGAUCAGGGUAUCUCUGUCAACUGCUCUGAUGUUUAUCUAUAUAAUCUGGACUGCCAGUGGGUGGACAUAACCGAAUUGCCACGCGGCUCGUAUAUACUCAAGAUUGCCAUCAAUCCGGAGUUCAAGGUGGCCGAGAUGAGCUACGACAACAACGCCGCCAUUUGCGACCUUUUGUACGCCGAGAAUUAUGCGCGUGUUGACAAUUGUCGCCUGGCGAGACCUUAGGGCCUUCAAAGACCUUUAAAUCUGAACAGUGCCAAAUAUUAUGAUUAAUCGUAGAGUCGAGCGUUAAGCGUAAAUAUGUCUGCAUUAUACGAUCUAUUCUGCUUCUAUUAUUCUCUUUUUUACCAAAAUAAAACUGCACACACAUAUCUUAA